CGGCCAGGUAUAAAGCGAAGGACCACUCUCGGACCCGCCAGUUACUCUACUCGUGCUCAGUGUUUGACAGAAUGAAGACCUUCGCGUGUUUAUUGGUGCUUAGUGCACUCACCUACUCUGCCUAUGGACAGGAAAACUUCAAAUGCCCCGAUGACUUCGGUUUCUACCCACAUCACAUCUCCUGUGACAAAUACUGGAAAUGUGACAACAAUGUGGCAGAACUUAAAACCUGUGGCAACGGUUUGGCUUUCGAUGCUAGCGAUCCAAAAUUCCUCACUGAAAACUGUGAUUACAUCCACAACGUCGAAUGUAAUGACAGAACGCAAUUGGAACCAGCUGUAGGUACAGCGCAUUGCGAACGUUUAUACGGUAUCUUCGCCGAUGAAGCAAAAUGCGACGUUUUCUGGAACUGCUGGAACGGAGAAGCUUCCAGAUACCAAUGUUCACCCGGUCUAGCUUACGACAGAGAAGCCAGAGUGUGUAUGUGGGCCGAUCAAGUGCCAGAAUGCAAAAACGAAGAAGUCGCAGGGGGAUUCUCUUGCCCAGCCGCUGGCGAGGUUGCCAACUCUGGCUCCUUCUCCAGACACGCUCAUCCGGAAGACUGCCGUAAAUACUACAUCUGUUUGGAAGGAACGGCCAGAGAAUACGGCUGCCCCAUUGGAACUGUAUUCAAAAUCGGCGAUGCUGACGGUACCGGUAACUGCGAAGACCCAGAAGACGUCCCCGGAUGCGAAGACUACUACGGAGACCUGGACUUGAAGAGCAUCAGAAAGUCGGAACUUCUGGCGGGUCUUAACAGCAGCGGCUCAUCCAGAGCGGUGACUCACAACAAAGGCAAACCAAGGCCCGCCCCUGCCUCCCGCACUGCCCCCGAGCAACCCGCCAACUAGCCCUUGAACAAAAAUAGCGGAGGGUCAAGUCUGUUAGUCGUUAGGUUAAUUUAACAAAAGUAACACGAUAGAGUCGUCGAGACGUGUUUUAAACCUUUUAUACGGUACAAAAAGAUUUAUCAUGA